AUGAAACUUGGUCAUCUAGUUGACGAUGGAUACAAAGAUUGGAAGAAUAUCAGUCGAUGUCUCAAUCUUCAUGAAACUAGUAAAGAUCAUAUUGAUUGCAUGACUAGUUGGAUUGAAUUAGAAAGAAGACUUCGAAAGAAAAAGACAAUUGAUGAAAAUAUACAAGUAGCAAUUAACAAGGAGAGAGAACAUUGGAAACAAGUAUUGAAGAGAAUAAUUGUAGUUGUGCAAAGAAUUGCGAAGAAUAACUUGGCACUUCGAGGAGAUAAUGAGAAGUUUUAUGUUGAGAAUAAUGGAAUCUUUUUGCAGCUAAUUGAAAUGAUUGCUGAAUUUGAUCUAAUAAUGGAGGAGCACCUUCGGCGUGUUCAAGAAAGGCAGAUUCAUUACACUUAUCUUGGACCCAAAAUCCAAAAUGAAUUAAUACAGAUGUUGGCAGCUGAAGUAAAAAGUUCAAUUGUUGCAAAAAUUAAACAUGAAAAGUAUUUCACUGUCAUACUUGAUUACACUCCAGAUGCAAGUCAUGAGGAGUAG